GACAAAAACCCUCCCAUCGCGUUUAUUCUGGGAAAAUCGAAAGCAUGCCGUCGGCUUAAACUAAAGGCAAGGAGGCGGCUUCUCUUCUUCCAAAACCCUCUCUCCAAGAAAACCCUAUAUUUAGCGAACUACCGAACUAGGGUUUGAGAUCUCCAUGGCGGAUCCAAGAAUUUUCGGUCGCAGCGAGGAUUCCGAUCGCCGUCAAGAACCUGGCCGCCGACUCUACGAUCCCUACAAGGACCUUCAAAUUCCCUAUCGUGCCAUCUACGACCUCCCCACCUCACCGGAGUUCCUUUUCCAGGAGGAAUCCACCACUCAGCGCCGCUCUUGGGGCGAGAAUCUCACCUUCUACACAGGUGUCGGCUACCUCGGCGGCGCCGCCAUUGGCGCUUCCCUAGGGCUCUAUAAGGGCGUUAAGGCCGCCGAAGCCGGGGAUACGGCAAAACUACGUGUAAAUCGCAUCCUCAAUUCUUCCGGCCAGGAAGGCCGCAGGAUGGGUAACAGGCUUGGUAUCAUCGGGCUUCUUUAUGCUGGGAUGGAGAGCGGCAUGGUGGCCGUGAGGGAUUCUGAUGAUUGGAUUAAUAGUGUUGUUGCAGGGCUUGGUACUGGCGCGAUAUAUAAAGCUGCAAAUGGACCAAGGUCGGCGGCUAUCGCUGGGGCGAUUGGAGGGUUGAUGGUGGGAGUUGCUAUGGCAGGGAAACAGGUGUUGAAAAGACAUGUUCCCGUUUAGGUUUUGUUCUGAAUCUUCGAUGUUACGUAUACUAGUGUUUGAUUUUUUAUGUAGCUUUGAAGUCAUAAGCAUUACAAAUUUUGCCUCACAUAUCGUAGUGUGGAUAAAUUGUGGGUUCGGAACCUUUGUUAGCAAUUUGUGUUUGAGUAAUUUGCCGACAAUUCAAUUUAUUUGGUGCCUUUGAUAUGGCCCAACUGUUCUUUCGUUAUAUAUCUGGGAGCUUUUGGGUUUGGACUC